CAAGGAAUUGGGUUGUGUGUUGGUGCUUCCAUUUUCCCGAAUUUCUCAAUCAAAUCCGAAAUGUUUUGGAAAUUCCAAAAUGCAACAGAUAAUUCGAAGAUCUUCUGAUUCUUACAGAACACAGCGCUUUCUGCUCUGUGUUGUCAAGGACGAAAACUAAAUAUGGCGAAGAACAGCUCUCCAAAAGUUCAGGUUCUGUACGACCUCUGCAAAAAGACUUUUACGCCAUCUGGGACGCCUCCUCCAUCGCCACAAGCCAUCCAGAAGCUCUGCUCUCUUUUGGACGCAUUUGGCCCCAAUGAUGUUGGGCUUAAAGAGGAAAGUUCGGAUGAUGAUCGAGGGCAUGGUUUUUUUGGACUUAAUCAACUGAAUAGAGUGGUUCGAUGGGCUCAACCAAUAACAUAUGUGGAUAUAUAUGAAUGUGAUAGUUUUACGGUGAGCAUUAUGGUCUCUCUAGCCCUAACUGUAUGUUAAUAUGAAAUUUCAAGGUAUGUCCCUCACUUAGAAUAUCAUAUGGUUAAUUUAAUCUUCUAGAAAUGUCUUUUUGUUCACUGUUUACCUCUUAAAAGGUUGAAUAUGUCUUUGCAUCAUAUCCGGUCACAAGCUUGUAAUCCAUUUCUCGUCUAUCAAAUGCAGUCUCCUAAAAGUUCAAAGCCUUCAACUUGUUUGGUUAAUUUUUUAUUGUAGAGAUUGUUAAUAUUCUUCAGGAAACAUCUUCUUCAGUAACUGCUCUUAACCAUCAAUGAAUGUGGAUUUUAUGUUUAUAUAAAAAUCAGGGAAUUCAGAAGUCUUUUAGUUUUAAGCUGCAUUGAUAAAAUGAUGUUUUACAGAUGUGCAUAUUCUGCUUUCCUACUUCAUCAGUUAUUCCACUCCACGACCAUCCUGGAAUGACUGUCUUUAGCAAAGUUCUUUAUGGCUCUAUGCAUGUAAAAGCCUAUGACUGGGUUGAACCUGAAAUUAUCCAUGAUAGCAAGGGCCCUACAGGUUUGUUUUUAAAUUUUAUUUUCAGUUUGUAACAUCACAGUUACUGAGACUUUUUGAAACCUAAUGUGAAUUUCACUUGGUUGUUUCAGAAAAUUCUUAAUCUGAACUCUAAUUGACCUUCAGAAUCUGGGCUAGAAUUUUACAUAUUAUAAGCUUAAGUAUUAUGGGAUGUAACACCACAGUUUUACCAUAGUUUCCAAUUGCAAUAAUCGGUUCUCAGUAAUUCAGUUGAAUUCUUGUGACAUUAUGUAGUUCAUGUUCCUUUGUUGAUUAUUGCUAUGAUUCUAUAGAUGAUAUAAAACUCAAUGAGCUUG